AUGAAAAUUAACGCAGCAUUCCUUGUGGCUUCUGCCACGACGGCCACUGCCGCUGUUCGUCCCAAGAACUUUAUCAUGAUUGUGCCAGAUGGCAUGGCCCCAGCUUCUGAGACGCUGGUCAGAACUUACAAGGCCAUGCUGAAUGGCGCCACACCUCAGUCGCCCAAUAUUCCUGCCAUCUUCACCGACCAGCUGCCCAUUGGCAACACUCGAACCCACUCCGCAAAUAACCUCGUCACCGACUCUGCUGCUGCGGGUACAGCUCUUGCUACUGGCUUCAAGACGAAUAAUGGAGCGAUUGGCGUUUUGCCUGAUGGCCAGCCCGUUGGCACAAUCAUGGAGGCGGCCAAGAUGGAAGGCUUCCUCACUGCACUCGUUGUGACGAGCAGUAUCAAUCACGCUACGCCAGCCGCCUACUCCGCUCAUGUUGUGAACCGCAACGCUUUCCCACAGAUUGCGGAGCAACAGCUUGGGUACUCACAUCCCCUCAACAUGAGCGUGGACAUCCUGCUGGGCGGCGGUCGCUGUUAUUUUCAGCCAAGCACCAACGAGGACUCCUGCAGAGAAGACGACAUCGACCUCUUCAAGUUCGCAGAAGAGGAAGGCUACACAGUCGCUCAAGACCGCGCUGGCUUCAACGACUUCGAGAGCGGAACUGGAUCUACCAGACUUCCAUACAUCGGGCUGUUCAAGGACUACGAUCUCAGCUACGAGAUCGACCGCAAACAGCAGCCUGAAGCCGAACGCGAGCCUUCACUCGCGGAGAUGGCACAAACCGCGCUCAACUCUCUGGAUCGCGAACUCAACUGUCGCGGCAGGCAAUGCUCCGGUCGCGGUAAACGAGGCAAAGGCUACUUCAUGAUGAUUGAGGCCUCUCGCAUUGAUCAUUCUUCCCACGCCCACGACGCUGCAGCCCACCUUCACGACGUCAUGGCCUACCACGAAGUCAUCGACCUGGUCAAAGAGUGGAUCGAUCGCCAUCCGGACACAGCCAUGCUGAGCGUUGCAGAUCACGAGACAGGAGGUUUGACGCUCCCGGGAGGAUACGAUCCGAGAGCUUUGACAACCGCGCAGCACUCGUACGAGUAUCUUCUCGAGCAAUGGGAGGGAAGCGAUAAGUCGAGAGACUUCUUGACGGGAACGAUUCUGCCUGCUGCUGGAAUCUCCGCAGCAUCCACGUCGGACAUUGAUUCGAUUCUGCGAGACUUUGCUCAAUUGCCUGAGGUGCUGAGCCGAAGAGCCGGAAUUAGGUGGUCGACUGGAGGGCAUUCUGGCGUUGAUACGACGCUGUACGGGUAUGCAGCUGGAAGGAUGGGAAGAGAGCUGAAGGAGGAUAUGGCAGGUGGGUAUGACAAUACUGGGAUUCCCAGAUUCUUGGAGAAGGCUUUGGGGCUAGACAUGGAUAAGGUCACCAGAGAUCUGAGAGCGAAGGGGACGGGGUGGAUUCCGCAGUAG